AUGAUGAGAAUGGCGAUGACGGCGAUGAUUGAUGGUUUUCGCUGGCCUUUUCAGUUUAGAGUUUUAGAAGCUGUCACAAGGAAGAUGAGAUGUUGGCUACCUCAAAGAAGCUCAAUACCAUACAUAUUUGAUGCAGCAUAUGCUUUGCUGGUAUAUUCCAUUAUAUAUCUGCGCAGAGAAGUGGGAAUUGAUCUUGGCAUUUCACAAGAGAUCAGGUGCUACUUAACCAUUUUACUACUAGGUGUUUCGCAAUGGGUUGCAAAUUUUCGUUUAGGGAGACUUGUAAACGCAAAAUUAUUACGAGCCCGGCUCACCAUGAAUCUGCUCACAUACCUUAAGUGGGAUAAUGUAUGUGGGGUUAUUCAUAAGUGA